AUGGGAAUGGGUGUGCCUCUACUGAAUGGAUAUAAACGCAGCUUUCUGCUGAAGCGGAUCCCCCAGACUGUGUUGGGAGGCCUGAAGUUGAGGCUGGGCUACAGUGCACCAGCUUAUGUCUAUGUCAACCAGGUGCUGCUGUGGCUGAUUCCAUUCCUCCUUGGGUGUAUAUUUACCCUGGUUCUGGAGCUGGUGUACACCGAUGAGCAGAUCUCCAGUGUGCUGGUGUUGUACAGUUGUCUGUACGGGGCGUGCAUCAUCAUCUUCGUUGUCAUCGUUCAGACCAUCACCACCAUCAUGGAGAUGAAAGAGAAGGAGAAUCUGCAUGCUGGCAUUAUCAGGAAAAAGAACUCUCUUGCGGAGGAAGAUGAAAUAGAGUUUGAGUCAUGUUGUGGUGCGGAGACAUUCGCUUUUGUCAUUCCGGCGAAAAGGUUCAAGGUCAACAUAGCACUUCAUGCCUUAGUCUCUGGUGUAGUUUGUGGUCUUGGCUACUGGUACCUGCUACCUUACUCCCUCAACAACCUGUUUUCCUACAACUACGGAGCUACCGCAGUGGUCUUUAUACUGGGAUGGUUCACCAUCUGUGUAGCACAGUACUCCCUGACCGCGGCCGCGCCCCCAGAGCCAGCUGUGUAUCGAACUAUGGACACAUAUGAGUUACAACCCCUGACCCGUCCACUGUACACGCUUGUAUGUUACAGCAUCCAUAUAGCCAGUUGGUACAGCACCGAUUUCCACCUGCCAAACCAGGUACUGCACAUUGUGUUUGUGUUGCUUCCCUUGCUGUGGUUCUUGGGUGUACUCCCGCCAGGUGAGGUCUUGAUCCUGUGGAUCCUGGAGCAGUGUCAGGUGUUUUUGUUUGGUGGUUCUCCGGCAGCAUCCAUCCCAAGACUGCUGGUCAACGUGUUGAUGUCAGCUGCCCUGUUCCUGGGCUGCUACUUCUUAAGCUCAUGUUUUAGCUCCAUGGUUCUUGCCGCAGGAGCUGGCUAUCUAUUGUCAUGUGAUCUCGGAGGUCUUGGCAGUCAGAUUUGGGAAGCCUGUCAAAGAAACAAAGAAAGUAAAAUUACGACUACAAAAGCUAAACUGCCCGCCUUAGUGUCCACACGACAUCCUCGAAUCUCAGGUUUCCUGUGGUCUUGGUGCUGGUCAACUGUAUACUACCAUGGGGUGAUGACCGCUGCGGCCGCCGUAGCCGCCACAGUUACCGCCUACCACAUCCACAGCAUCUCCUCACAUGUUGUUGACUACCUGGGCUAUGUCAUCAUUGGCUUCUGUGUUGUGGAGAAACUCCUGAGGGACUUCCAAGGCGUGUUUGUCUUCUUUGGGUUGGUGAGGAACCUUCUGUACCCACAAAGUACAGAAAAUGUGGCCAGCUUCCGCCAGGGCAAGAGAAGGCUUCUGAUUCUGGGGCUCCCUAGACGGGCCAUUAUCAAUUGGGUAUCUCCGCUAGUGAUGGCGGUGUACCUGUCCUUGCAAGUGGUGCCUGCAGGCCAUGGAGCAGACAUCAUGAGUGACUCCUGCAGCAAAGGCAUGCCCAUCGCUACAAGUGUCUUCUUUGUUCUUGGUGUGGUCAGAGCUUAUCGCUGGAUCUGGCAGAACACCACCCAGUCUCUACUGGAGAUGGCUGUUGUACACGUUGUCCUGGUCACUACACGAGGCAGUGCUGUAGUGUCUGAGCUGGGGGUUCCAAUCCUGCUGCUGAUUGCCUGUGUUGUCAGGGACCGGUUCUACCAGCUCGUGAAUAAACUGUAUUUUGUGACCGGCCUCAUCGUGGCGUCCUGGAGUUACAAGAAGCAGCGAUACAGCGCCACAGGCGGCAUCAUCCUUCUCAACAUCAUUUUCUUCCCCAUUGUUAUCAUCAUUGUUCUCACAUCAACUCUGAUAUCUGCACCCAUCCUGUGCCUUUUCACACUGCCUUUAUUCUUCAUUGGUUUCCCCCGGCCUUCCAAAUUUUGGCCAGAGCCAGUGGGGUCGUCUGCUAACACCUGCCCUGAUAGCCUUUAUUACCGACAGAUCUUGCUAGAGCUGGGCCGAGCCUUGAGACCAGCCUUUGCUAAUGGAAGUUUGGGUGAGCCCCAACCUGGCAACCACUACCUGUUGAGAUUCCAGGACCGACUGGUCUGGGUGAUGAUCCUGGAGCGGGGUGCUGGCUACUGCACCCUCAGCAUCAAGGGACUCGAACUGCAGGAGACUUCUUGCCACACCACCGAAGCUGCCCGUUUUGAUGACCAGUUUGGUGAAGCCUUCGAGGGGAAGUGUGGGCCCUCUUGUGUUUGCUCUGUCAACCAUUAUCCCCUGCACUGUCUGACCCCUGUCGAUGCCAUGGUUUUGAGAACCUACUCCGAUGCUAGAAACGUGUUGACAGGGGUCAUCGACUCCCCUGACAGUGUAAGGAUAACUCUGUCUUUCUUUGCUAAAAGUUUGACUUGGUUACUUCUUCAGUAUGUCAAUAAAUUAAAAAGACAAGAACAGAAGGCGAAAAUUAUGAAAGAAAAAGAGAUUGCCCUCAUGGAGAAAGCUAACAGUGAGGACUCUGCCAAGGAAAAGUCUCCCAAAGAGGGCAGCACAGGCAGCAAGAGAAAGGUGAAGGUUAGUGUCAUGGGUAGUGCUUCGGCCCCGAAGGAGAUGAGCCAUAGAGUUACCAUCCAUGACCGAAAGUACGAUCAAGCCAUCAGUAUUCCUAUUAAAAAACAUGAUGUUAUUAUUCAGUCUACGAAAGGUCCAAAUACCUUUGCCGUCCCACCAAUCAGUGUCAACAUCGCUAACUUAGCUCAGGAUUCCACGGACGCGAAUUCACAGAAAGGCUCCAUCUCUGCCUCAUUGCCCAGUUUUUCCGACAGCGUUUGGUCUGAAGAUUUGGUUGACCUGGACAGAACCAAAAACAAUACACUUGACAAGCACCACAAAGCAGCUACGGUGGUGACAAUAGCUGGACAGUGCCCCGACAGACGACAGUCCAAACACUCUGUACUGACCAGCUUACACCCUGCCAGCCCUGACAAAAUGUCGGCUGAGGUCUUCACAGGCGGAAAAAACUGGAAGGACGUCGAUGACUUGCUGAACGAUGUGGAGUUUGGGCUCCCUGCCGUCGACGUGAGCACACCUUGUACGCGAUUGGAUAUCAGUUUUGACGAGACUUCUCAGAGAACAGAUUCUGCUCAUGGAAGCCGGCCGUCGGUCUAUCCGACCAGACCAGCUUCUAAGUUCACACUUUCACAUGGAAACCAAAUCUACAAGCCGGUGAUGAACCUGGCCGGCUCGCCAGAUUUCAAAUGUCCAUUUUCUUCUCAUAUCAGUGUGCCUGUUAAAUGGAGAGAGCUACCGAUUGAACCCUCACAGCUGUCUUGCUACAUCUCCAAGUUUCCCACAUCGUGGUACAAACACACUCUCCACUCGCUGGACUGGUCAACCACUGGUCUGCCUGGAGAUGAAGUCGCCUCGGAAGUGGCCACAGAUGAUGCUCUGACCAACUGCUACAGCCAGCUGGUGAUGGCCUGCUGCUCUGCCUUUGAUUGUCCAGAUGGUGCUAGCGGCGCCAGCUACCUGUACAAAUGUUACAACGGGGACAUCCCCUGGAACGCAAUGAUGGACUGGCUUGCGGAGGACAAGGAGCUCUACAAGCUGGUGAUGAAAGCCUUCAGGUAUGGGUUCAAACUCAUGCUGGACCAGUCACUGUUGGGAGGCCUCUCUGAUGAUGAGGAGCUGGAGGAGACCCUGUGCACCUACGACAGGGACUGGUAUAUCGGCAAAGAAUCGGAUGUGGAAUGGGGUCUGGCUGUGUUAGAGAACAGAGGCAACCUCUUCUCCAUGGGCCAAAACACCACACAGGGUACCUACACAAGCCGCUGCCUGACCCUGCAGGACGUGGUGGUCCACAUGGGUCGCAUCAACCGCGAGAGCGUCAUCAGCCAGUGGUCCAGCCUCAACCUGGAGCUCCUGUACAUGACCAACGACGACGAGGAGCGCUACUCCAUCCAAGCCCAGCCGGCCAUGCUGAGGAACCUCACCGUACAGGCCGCGGACCCUCCCCUCGGCUACCCUAUCUACUCUUCCCCUCCAGUUUCUCUGCCCACCUUGUGA